AUGAAAGCAUUGUGGGUAGUGGCGAGUGUUUUAGUGCAGCAAGGACUGUGUGUGAUAAUAGCAGAAGAAGCUUAUAACGUCAAAGGACAAAAUUUUCUUCUUUCCGUUCUGGAGACCCACUACAGAAGUUUGAAACUUCCAGUACACUUUAGAAUCGAGCAUGAAACAUCCUCCAACAAACAUGUCGAACAACUGGAUUUGAUUAACGAACUGUUGCAGGAGCAAAGCGACUGGAUGGUGGCAACAUUAAGUAAUGGCUCACCGUCUGGCGAAUCCAGGUUCCAACAAAACGUGUUUAUCGCAGAUACGUAUUGUUCGUUGAAAAAGAUUAUGGAAACCGUUGUGUUUGAAAAGUAUGACAUUGACGGAAGUUACAUUGUUAACGUUGCUGACCAAAGUUUAAACGAGCAGAAAGUUAAGGAAAUCUUCAGCCUGUUUUGGAAAUUACGUAUCGUCAACGUGGUUCUCAUUAUUCCUGGUAGCGCCGAAGAGUAUCAUGCGUACACUUUUAAUGCGUAUGUCCGCGAUCAUUGUCUAGAAGCAAGUGUGAAGCUGUUAGAUAAGUUUGAAAACAACCGCUGGAGUAAUCUAGGCAAAUGGUUCCAUAGUUCUUUAGGAAAUUUCAAUGGUUGUCCGCUAAAGGUAGGGACGUUUGAUGCUAAACCGUUUUCCAUGCUUCGGGCCACUGGAAAUAAAACAGUCUUUGUAGGAUUAGAGACAGUCAUUAUAAAGACCAUUGCAAGCGCACUGAAUUUUUCCAUCGAGUUCUCAACUCCGUCUGGGAAACAGAAAUGGGGCAUACUUGAUUCGAACAACAGUACAGGUUUGUUAGGAAUGCUUCAAAGGACAGAAAUUGAUGUCGGAUUUGGUGUUACUGGACUAAGCCCUGAUCACAGCAAUUACCUUCGUUCGAGUUUCCCAAGUGUUAUUUCUCAACUGACCAUGGCUAUUCCUCCAAGGAAUCCAUACACAUCAUUGGAAAAGUUGUUUCUACCGUUCACAGCGUCCUCGUGGACGUUAAUCUUUGUUUGCUAUUCGAUUAUUUGUGGCUUUUCGAAUAUAGUCUGUUACAUUCGACAUCAUUCCUUCUACGAGAAACAGCAAGGCGUGAUAUAUAUUACGUGGGUUAUUUUAAUGGGAGGACCAGGAAGUUAUGUUAGAAGGCACAGCUCCAGAAUUUAUGUGAUCAGUCUUGUGUUAAAUGCAUUCAUUGUUCGAAAUUUUUAUCAAUCGUCCCUGUUCAGGUACCUCCGUUCGAACGAUAACAUGGCUUCAAAUUUGAAUACUUACGAAGACAUAAAUGAUGCAGGUCUAUGUUAUUAUAUGUAUCCCACCAUUAAGCAUUAUUUUGUAGAGAAUCCUUGGAUGAUUGGAAGGAUUCGCAUAAUUAAUGAAGAGGACGGUGACUGGGACACCAUUUUGUAUAACAUAUCGCAACACCAAAUUAAAGGAGUUUUUGCGCUAGCCAUGGAAUCUAUUACUUAUUAUGUUAAGCAACAUGGGCAAAAAGGCAUGGUGUAUGUGAGUCGAGAUACUGGCAUAAGCUUUUACAUAGCCUUCCAUUUUCCACGAAUAUCGCAUUUGAAGCAACCGUUUGAUAUUUUAAUUAACCGCUUUUACGAGGCUGGAUUGAUGGUCAACUGGCUCAGAGCCUAUCGUGAGAAUCCUUACACUUGGGUCAACCAGGAGACCGACAACGAGCCGAUCCCGUUGCAGCUGCAUCAAGUAUCAGGAGGAUUUUACUUGUGGAUGUGUCUAAUGACCGUGGCUUUGUUUGUGUUUUUGGGAGAGUUAUGUUUGGCGAAGAAAAAGGGAAAACUUGCAUAA